AUGUGGUGGCGCUGGAGCGAAGUCAUUGGCUUCGGCACGGGGGAUCAUAGAGGAGAGAUAUAUCAGAAUCGGAGCGGUGUACAUUUGCCGAUGCCAGAGCUUCUCCACCGCGGUCACUGCCGUCUUAAAGUCACCAUGGACUUUAUGCAGACGGCCGUCAACGCCUUCUCAAUUUUUCUCGUCGGUGACUUGAUAGACAUUCUACAAUUGCCCGCCUUGUAUGUACUGCAUUCGUUUGACGCUAUUAAUUGUAAUAAGGCCCGGAGCAUUUCCAUGAUGAACAUUGCCCGGGAGAAGCUGGCAGCUACAUGGACUGUAGUCAAAGACAACAAGCGAACGGAUGAAGUGACCAUUGAAACGCUGGAACUGUACCGUCCCUUGUUCAAGUAUCUAAACGGAAAGGAAAUUGCGAAGCUCAAUUUGACCAAUCCGAGGAUUUUAGUUUACGUCGGGACGCACGCUGAAUUGAAUAGGCAUCAGGUGAAUAAAACAUCAAUCCACUACUAUCCAAUUACUAAUAAAACCAACAGGAGUCCAACCAGAGACCGACGAGUCGAAUCGUCG